UAGGAUGCAAUAUGUGACCAUAGAUUACUGAGGGAUAAUACAUUUGGUUUGUAAUUGUGUAUGUGUCUCUUUCAGGCUGGGAAAACAUGCCUCCUUCAUUUUAUGGCCUCAGUCUAGAGGAUGAAACCAGGGAGUUCAACCAGAGGUGCCUCUAUGCGAAAAAUGGCCUCUGUCUGUUCAACUGCCUGCUAAUGAAGCGUAAUGAUACCCUGCGAGGCCUUUUCACAGAGCUCAACGACCUCGCCGAGAAGCCGGACAAAGUGCAAAAAACCAAAACCAUGGCUAUCGCAGGGGGCACCACGGACGCCAUGGGAGGGACGGUGGCCGUUGUGGGCAUUGUCCUCACCCACAUGACCAUGGGUUCCUCCCUCAUAGCCACAGCCAUUGGGCGGGCAUGGUGGCGUCGGGUAGCGGGAUAGGCAUCAAAGCGGCCAUGGGCAACAUCAAAAUCAACUCUGUGGACCGGAAGAGGCUGAAGGAGGUGGUGCAGAAGUACAAAGCCGAGAUAGCAGACUUGGAGUUGUGUCUUUGUUUCAUCCACAGUGGGAUGGCUGAGCUGAGGCAGUACAACUUCCACAGGCUCCAUCAUGCUGAUCCUGAGGCCCUGCGGAUAGCCAGGGUGCUGGAGGCAGCGCAUCCUGGGUGUAAUAAGUCCCAACAGUUGGGCAUGAUGUCUGAGAUGAUCCUAAAGGGUUUGCCAGAGACAUGGACCUGUAUUAUACUGACAAGGACAGCCGGUUGCUGAAAAGGGCUCUGAGACUAAGUUUGCAACCAGGAUUCGUGGUGUGACCCAAGAGCUAAAGGAGGAGCUCAAUGAACUGUACCAAGUGUGGCAGACUUUCUCUCUAGCAGCCAGUAGAUUUUGAGGUGUGUGUGUGCUGCCGUUAAUGCAGUAAAGGUCUGGCAAUGUUUUGGACACAUACAAGAUAUAGUUUUUGGGGGGGAGGCCGGAGGGAGGUGCUCAUUUUUGAAGUGGGUUGCCCUAUUGAAGCCUACAUGAAGCCAGCCUUUGCUGACAAGUUACUGAAAUUUCAGCCCCCAUGAACAGCCUCGGUUAUCAGUGCAAACUUGCAGUGAUAAUAUUUGGGAGUCUCAGCCAUGUACAUAGGCUGACAGUACGUGGCUUUCAGAUUGCUGGCCUGAACAGGACAAAGGCAAAGCAGCGGUACUGCUCUGUGUCCGCUGUUUGGGCAGCCAUGGUGCUUUCUGUAUCCAUAAGUCUCCAUAUAUCCAUGAACUUUGAAAUGUU